CCCGCCGGCCGGCGUCCGCGUUCCUAGGCGUCGCCUCAUUUUCCUCCGUCACCGCGUUUUACGCGUGCGCUCCCGAGCCUGUCUUCCGCCGGCUCUUAUAGCGGCCGCGGCCGGAGCCCUGGAGGGAUUGAGUGACUGAGCGGCGACCUAUCCGACGGGGACGUGGGCCGGCAGCGCGAAGUCUUCGGGACACGGACGUCGCAACAUGGGGGCCCCGCUGCUGUGGCUGCUGGGGGCCGCGCUCCUCUGUGCGCGGGCCGCCUCCGGAACCGCUGGCUUUAUAAAAUCGCCACUAUCCAAAAAGAAAUUGGUGGAGGACAGUGUGGAAUUACACUGUGAGGCAAUUGGCAGCCCCAUUCCAGAGAUCCAGUGGUGGUUUGAAGGAAAUGAACCUAAUGAGGCCUUCUCCCAGCUGUGGGAUGGCGCUCGGCAGGACCGCGUCAGAAUACAUGCCACCUACAAUGAGCUUUCUGCCAGCACUGUCAUCGUCUCUAACCUCACAGUCAGCGACUCGGGCACAUAUGAGUGUCGGGCCAGCAACGACCCUGACCGCAACCACUUGUCGAGGAGCCCCAAAGUCAAGUGGGUUCGUUCCCAGGCGAACGUAAUUGUCGUCGAACGAAGUCAUGUUUGGACGGCUGUAGAUGUUUCUGCUCAUAGAACACUGCUGACCUGUAAAUUGAAUAAAACUUCAACUCAGAUUGAGGGUCAUCGUUGGCUGAAGGGUGGCAAAGUGUUGAAAGAAGAUACAUCGGAUAGUACAGUCACAGAAUAUGAGGUUUUGUCAGAUGAUAAAUCUGGGGAAUAUCAAUGUGUUUUUCUUCCAGAACUUGCAGGAAAAGCUGAUGUACGCGUAAAAGGUCCCCCAAAGAUUGUGGUUAACAAGAAGUCAGAACAUGGGAAUGAGGGAGACUCGAUAACUCUUACAUGUAAGAGUUCCUCUUAUCCCUCCAUCAGUCAUUGGACUUGGUACAGACAAUAUGAGUCUGGAAGUAUUAUGAACAUUGUAAAUGGUAGUGAAGAAAGGUACUUUAUAACAGAGACCCCUGAAAAAACAGAGCUACAGAUUCAAGCAGCGGAUUUGGAGAAGGAUCCUGGAAAAUACAUCUGCAACGGCACCAGCUCUGAGGGCUCUGAUUCUGCUGAGAUUACUGUGAAGGUCCGCAGCCGUCUGGCUGCACUCUGGCCCUUCCUGGGCAUUGUGGCCGAGGUGCUGGUCCUCGUCACCAUCAUCUUCAUCUAUGAAAAGAGGAGAAAGCCUGAUGAUGUAGAAGCUGAACCCCCACAUGAUGAGGAUGGCGGGUCUGCCCCACUGAAAAGUGGCGGGUCUGCAAAUGACAAAGAUAGACAGAAUGUUCGUCAGAGAAAUGCCAACUGAGCAAAGGUGACUUCUGAUGAAGACCUUACCUGGACAGAUGUGUGUGUUUCUUUGCAAUGUAGCAUGGAUUAUAUUCCUAAUGUACCUUGCAAAAGUCCAAGUUGUCUUCACCAAAUUAUAGCAAACUAAGUUGAUUCAAGUACUUUUUAAAAUUGUUGGGGGGGGGGUUGUGUUUUUUUUAUGUUUUUGGUUUUUCUGUUAGGGUUUUUUUUUUCCCCCUCUACAUGUAAAUUUUUGUCCUUUGGCCACCAGUCAGUCUGGUCUUUGGCAUCAAUCCCUAGGGAUGUGGGGUAAUGGAUAUCAUGGCCUGGCCUGCGUGCUUGUCCUCUUCUGGAUUUCUUUACCCUUGUUCUGGGCAAGUGAGUCACAGAACUGAGGAGUGUUCUCUUGGCAGGAAGAGUCCUUUCUUUUUUUAGAGGCCCAACUGCCAAUAAGGGAGAAGAUUCCAUAGUGGUUGGCCACAAGUUCUAAAAGAGUAGAGUGUGUAAUAUUGUCUUGUGUGGGAGGAAAGUCCAGUGGAGCAGAAUAAUUAAUCAAAUGAGGUGGCUUUAAAAAAUGGGUCCUGCUAACCUGCCUGUCUGAAGCAAUUGCUGUCUUGUCUUUUAAAAAAAAAAUACUAUUUAAAGCCACAAGUAUUACUUGUCUUUCUUGGGAGAUGUUCAGAUGACCUUUUCUGGAUGACAAGAUCUGACCUCAAUAGUUAAGAAUAAGUGAUGGGCAAGCAUCUACAAAGGUCCCUCUCGUGUUCCCUGAAUGUUCUCCCUGGCAAUGUGCCCACACUCUGAAAGGUCCCUUGCUCCUUUGGUUCACAGUUUGACCUCUGAUGUCUCUGCAGGGAAACCUACACCACCUGCUUGACAGAUAUUUUGAGUGUUGUUAAAUUGAUCUCGAUGUUCCGAGCUUGCCGUUCAUGGCCUUUUCUUCCAAAAUGCUACCUUCCAGUUAGACCAUGUAAGAAACGGAAUCUGAACUCUAGCAAGGGUGACUGUGAAUAAUAAUUUAUUGCACAGACUUAUUUAGUAUUGUGAUAGUAUCACUGGCACAGGGAGCCAACCACACAGUAGGUGACAAGACUGUUGUGUUUUCAUAGACUAGACUGUGUAUAUGUGCACGUGACAGGCAACAGUAAAGCCUAUUCCACUUGAAAUGUUGGCUUUUCAUCCCUAUUGGCUUUAGGAACCUGUGGGUGCAUACAUACAUGUGUAGUCUGUGCUGAUUGCCAGUGUUCCUCUAGUAUUUUGAGAUACCCCUGCCUGUUAACAUUUCAUCAAUAAAGACAUUUUUCCAUUUUCCA